GCUACAUACUCUACAGCUACGCGCACUAUGCCUGCCAAAAAUAAGCAACCAUCCCAGCCUAAAUUAGAGAAGAAGGUGAAUGCCAAAUGGAGUUUAAGCGAAACCCGACUUAUGCUCGAACAUUUGGCCGAGUUACAACGCCAAGCCCCAAUCCCCAUCAAGCCUUGGACAUCCCGUCAUUGGGAUGAGGUGGCUGCGCUAUUCUCGGAUCCAUUGAAGACUAGCUAUGCGUGUUGUAAUAAAUACGCAUACCUUCACAAUGACUACUACGCGCCAAUGUUGAAACUCUCUAAGAAGUCUGGGUGGGGCAUGAAUGAAGACUUAGGCUGCAUUGAGGCCACGGACGAGUUGUGGCAGGAGGUCAUUGAGGAAACCCCGAGUAACAAGAGGUUUUACAACAACCCCUGGCCAUUGUUUGCCAUCUUCGGGAAAACAUGUACAGAUACCACUGCCACUGGGAGGCCCGUCUUUAUCCCUGGAGACGGGCUUGUGAACGAGGAAGAAAGCGGAAAUGAUGGUGACGAAGAAGACGGGGGAGGACACCAUGACAGUGUCCUUCUUGCUGGUGAUACGGCAGGGGUUUCUGAGGCAUCCAUACCUUCGUCAGGGCAAAAUCGCUUCCGAACGGGUUUCGCGUCUCAGGAGCCCGGACCUUCUCGUCUCACGACUACAUUACCUUCCACGGGUUCGAAGAAACGCAAAGCGACUUCUUCCCCGGCGGCCGACACCCAAAUUACACAGCAGAAAUCUGCUGCGACGGCCAGGGCAGGCCGUCGCGAUAGGGCUAAGGAAACUCAUGAGGUUGAACUUGCUCAGUCGGACCUCGACAGAGCCAACCUUAUAAAAGUCCUGGACACCUUAGUCACAAAAGGACUCCCUGCCAAUAAUGUAGUGUCAGCUGUCUUCGAGGAGAAGAAGGCCUGUCGGCAGUAUUUGGUAGGCGCGGAAUUUUUGAGUGAGGAGGAGAAAGUAGAAGUGUUGGAAAUGUGCAUGGAGAGCCAAACGCACAGGCAGACGGUGCUUUUGGCGAAAGAGAAUCCGGAGGACGAAAUGUGUCGUCAGUUGGUAAGUCGUUUGCUCACGAAAAAUAAAUGAAAUAUCAUAAACUAUGAAUUUCCUCGGAACUGUUUUCUUCUAUGUCCACAACUUAUCUUUCUAUUUCACCGGCGGAUCCUUCCUUGACCACGUGAAUGGGCUUCAAAUAUUGAUCUGGAAAUUUCCGCUCGGCGAGCUUCUCCGCGAGAUUUUGAUGUCUCGCCAACCACCCUCAAUUCCUCA